AUGUUACUUGUAAUCUUGCUGCAACAUUGCAUGGAACUUAAUGGCGCAGACAUAGAGACAUUGCAGCAAGGUUGGCUGCAAUAUUGCAACCUUGCCGUGCAAUUUUACUGUAACGUUGCAAAAAUAUUGAGUGCUGUAGGGAAGGUGUCGGUCCACGUAUCGCACGUUUAUUGCGACAAAACCACAAGAAUAUCUGUCGUCAAAACCAAAUCUAACACAAGGAAAUUUUCAAAUGUUCUAAAAAUGUCAAACGCAACAGACACAUACUUGUCGACUGUAGAAAACUUCCAACUUUACUACCUGCCGAUUUUAAUAACAACCGGCCUUAUAGGAAACUCGCUUUCCAUCCUCGUGUUCUGCAAGACGAAGCUGAAAAAAUUGUCGUCGGCGUAUUUCUUGACGGCGCUCGCUAUAAGCGAUAACGUAUUCUUGAGCUCGUUAUUUUCGCCUUGGUUGGAGAGUUUCAAAAUGAACGUGUACUAUUACGAGUGGUUAAGUCGAGUUAUUGGUUACGCCACUUAUGUGACAGGUUUUUUGAGUGUAUGGCUGGUUGCCGCGUUCACGUUCGAGCGGUUCAUAGCUGUGAAGUACCCGUUAUUAAGAAAAAGCUUGUGCACUACAAAGACCGCCAAAUUAACCGUAUUAGUGCUUGUGAUUGUUUCUUUGAUUCUUCGUUCGCCUACACUUUUUCUCAAAUUUGACGAUCUCAAUCAGUUGGCAGUCAUAUAUUUUGUUAUCGAUUUUAUUGUCACUUGCCUAAUACCAGUACCACUGGUUAUAAUUCUAAACAUCUUUAUAUUUAGAACAAUUUUAAAAUCAUCUGGAAUAAGGAAAGCUUUGACCCAAGAAUCGAACGCCAAAAAUCGCAACAAAAAUGUUGUGUCCCAAAAUAAACUUACGAAAAUGUUGUUGGUUGCGUCAACGGUUUUUUUGGUUUCAGCCUUUCCAUAUUAUUUGAUGGCUAUGUGUGGGUUAUAUUUCUACAAGGAGUCUGAUAAUAUCCAUAUCAUGGAGUCGCUUUACCUUUCAAUGCUGUGGAUCGAACAAAUGUGGUUCACAUCAUUCGGUAUAAACUUUUACGUUUACUGUUUAAUUGGACAAAAUUUCAGAAGCGCACUGUAUGGAAUGUUUAAAAAGGAAGAACACAGAACAGUAGCCGUGGCUUUGGCAGGAGGGUCGGACAUUUAUAUAUCCAAUGGUUAUCCAUUGGAUAUCCAUACAAUCUCCAUAUUGAAUACAGAUUACAACCAUAUUGCAUACAAUACUAUAUCCACUGGGUAUCCAUUGGAUAUCCAAACUAUGUCCAGGAGGGUCGGAUAUUUAUAUAUCCAAUGGUUAUCCAUUGGAUAUCCAUACAAUCUCCAUAUUGAAUACAGAUUACAACCAUAUUGCAUACAAUACUAUAUCCACUGCAGUGGGUAUCCAUUGGAUUUCCACACUAUGUCCAGGAGGGUCGGACAUUUAUAUAUCCAAUGGUUAUCCAUUGGAUAUCCUAUGUAUAUCCUGGAUAUCCAUAAAAGAAAUCCAUUGGAUAUCCAUUGGAUAAUUUUCUUUUAUUGUUUAACGGUGUUGGUAUCGGUCGAGGGGGUCGAGCCCGGAGACUUAAGUCAAUUGUCAAUUGUAAUCUUGCUGCAACAUUGCAUGGAACUUGACGGCGCAGACAUAGAGACAUUGCAGCAAGGUUGCCUGCAAUAUUGCAACCUUGUCAUGCAAUCUUACUGCAACGUUGCAAAAAUAUUGAGUGCUGUAGCCCUGAUAGCAAACUUUGAUUUUAAGAAUCUUCUAAGAAGAUAUGACCCGGAAUAA